AUGGUGUAUGCUCAAUCUAUUGAGGAGUCCAAACUUAAGAGGAAUGGUAUAGAGUUGAAAAGGGGUAGGUCCGAUGAGCAAGGUCAACCUAGGUUCAAGAAGAGAUCUCCUAACCAAGAUUAUUCGAGUGCUUGUAAAGAUAAUGAGGAAAAAGGUGGUGGGUCUCAAUUUUCUAAAACUCUUUGUGCCACUUGUCGGAAGAGGCAUCAUGGGAAGUGCCUUGCCAGUACUAGUGGGUGCUCUGGUUGUGGAAAGAAUGAUCACCAAGUGAGGAAUUUUCCUACUCUUACGGCUAGGGGAAAGGAGGCCAAACAAGCUUCUUAUGUUGUCCUGGAUCAUAAUGCUCCAAAGAAGAAUCGUCUCUAUGCUCUACAAGCUAUCAAGGACAAAGGAGCUAAUCCGGAUAAAGGUACCGAACAGGCAAAAAUCGUUAAAUCACUGAAGAACAAGCACAAAUCACUGAAGGCUUAUCAGAUUUCACGAUUUCACGUUGAAGAGCUACUCGCUGAAGAACACGAUUUCACGAUUUCUUGUUGA